ACCGUGACCUGUGAGUGAGAAGUGGAAAUGCCGACAAUAUGGCUUCUUGCUGUUAUAACGUUGACUUAUUUAUAUGUUGUGGAAGGGCAAUCUCAGUGUUUAACUCCUGACGGCAAAGGCGGUGAAUGUAGAAGUAUAGUAGAGUGCCCAGAGCUCAGGAAAAUAGUAAACAAGACAAAAAUCACUCCCUACGAGUCGGACUUUCUGAUGAGAUCAGGAUGUGGAUUCGCAGGCGGCCUUCCUAAGGUGUGCUGCGCAACUACCAACACCUGCCUUACACCGGAGGGCAGCGAAGGCCAAUGUAUAAGCGUGUUCGAAUGUCAGCAUAUAGCGAUGAGAUUGCAAUCUCCGACUGUCUCGGAUAAGGAUAAAGCUUAUGUUAAUAGUAUAAGAUGUCACAGCCCCACAGGCUUCUUCGUGUGCUGCGGGCCAGAGUCGAAGCCCGGCCUUUGUGUGCCCUCCGCGGCACCUCCCCACCCUAGCAGCGGAUGCUGUGGGAUUGAUGGGAGCAGCGGCAACAAAAUAGUGGGCGGAAACGCAACAUCCAUCGAACAGUACCCGUGGUUAGCGAUCAUAGAAAAUAAAAGGAGUGACAUAACGAGGGUAGUUUGCGGGGGCGCCCUCAUUUCCGGCCGCUAUGUGCUGACGGCGGGCCACUGUGUAAAGGGCUUGGCCUCUAUCGUUGGGACACCAGCAAACGUGCGGCUCGGCGAAUACGACAUAUCAAACCCCGGUGCGGACUGCGUGCCCGUCGAAGGGGGGGACGGUAUGGACUGCACCGAAGAACCGGUGGUCAUACCUAUCGAAAGGGUGAUACCACAUCCAGGCUUCGAGCCGACUAAUCGAUUAAGAAGGAACGACCUCGCCUUGUUGAGAUUGUCGAGACUUGCACCUUAUACAGAUUUCAUCAGGCCCAUCUGCCUCCCAACGAGCGAUUCAACCGCCCACUUUCCGUCCACCGAGAGGCUAUUCGCGGCAGGCUGGGGGCCCAAUAACGAAACGCAUUCAAACAGUGAAGUCAAGCUGCACGUCGACUUGCCUUACAAGACCAUUGAGUCCUGUCAACCAGUUUACGACGUGCCAAAACGCCGCGUCACCUUGUGGGACAACCAGAUAUGCGCCGGAGGCGAAAAGGGCAGGGAUACGUGCAAAGGGGAUUCUGGAGGACCUCUAAUGUACGCCAAGACGGACAGGUUCGAGAUAGUGGGUGUCGUCAGUUUCGGCCCCACGCCGUGCGGCCUGGUGAACGUGCCCGGAGUAUACACUAAGGUGUCAGCGUAUUUGCCGUGGAUUAAGAGCACUAUUCAACCUUGAUCAAUGAUUACACAGAUUAUAC